GAGCCAGGCCGUCCGAGUGAUGGUUGAGGAAAGUGGGUGGGCAGCGGCAACAAGGGCCGUGCGGGCCAGCCGGGAUUAGUGGCGGAAAGCCAAAGCGGAGGGAGAAGGGCCGUCUGCUUUCGACACAGGCUGGGGCUCAACAAGAUCCUAGUGGCGGCGGCGGAGAAGGAUAAUGAGGCAGGCGCAGGGCGUCGGCCCGGACAGCGGCCGGCAGCCCGCAGGCCGCGGAUUCCUGAGGAGCUCCACUUAGAUUCCCCGUCGGCCUGAGAGAAGGAGGGCGGGCGGGGGAGUGAAGAGAAUCGAGAAGAAGUGAGACGCCGUCAUUACGAGCCCGCCUGUUUCGCGGGGCGAUGCCGAUCACCGGCCGAUUGAAGGAGCGGGGCCGCGGGAUCCGACGGCGCCCGAUGGUUCCGGCGUCUCUUCACUGAGGAGAAGCCGCCGCCGCCGGGAGCGAAAGACAGCGCUGGGGUCAGCGCGGGGUCAGACCCGGGGAGGUGCACGCGUAGUGGGCAGCUCGCUGCAAACAUCACCGCUCGCCGCUGCAACUCUCACAUUCACGGGAGGCGGCAAGAUGUCUAAGUCGGCAGCGAAAGAGAAGAAAUCAUUCAGCAAGAAACUUUUCAGGCGGGGCUCGGCGCGCUCGGUCGGGAGUUUCAUGAGCCGGGUGUUGAAGACUCUCUCCACCCUUUCGCACUUCGGCACCGAGGAGUCAGCCGAAGAUGAAAAGGACGACGGCGGCUUCAAGAACUUCCGAACGGCGGGGGCCGGCGCGGCCAUGGGCAUGGGGAUCGGAUUGGGACCCGGGGUCGGUGUUGUCACCUCGGCCUCAUCCAUUAUCAUGAUGAUGAGCGGCGUCAACCACCAUGCCAUUGCAGGUCGCAGCGACUCGUCCGACAGUUGCUUUUCGCCGGCUCCCGGGGAUCGCUGGCAGCCACCGGGAGUGUCCGGCCUCAAAAACCACGGCAACACCUGCUUCAUGAACGCCGUGUUGCAAUGUCUGAGCAACACCGAACUCUUCGCCGAGUUUCUCGCCCUGGAACAGUAUCGGGACUUGGCGGUUAGCGGCCCGGACUCUCCCAAGCCAGGGGACUCCCGGGGUCGGGAGCUGGAGGACGAACAGCUAGAGCAAGAUAAGACCUCCAAAUCGAAUGGAGUUUUAUACCGAUCCAGAUGCCAGUCAGACUCCCGUGGAGAAGUUACCGAACAGCUCGCUUCCUUGGUCCGAGCCCUGUGGACUUCGGAGUACACCCCGCAACUGAGCCGGGAGUUUAAGAAUGUUGUAUCCAAGAAUGCUUUCCAGUAUCGUGGCAAUUCACAACAUGAUGCUCAAGAGUUCCUCCUGUGGCUUCUUGACAGAGUCCACGAAGACCUGAACAAUCUUGUUUUACCAAAUGGGAGGCCUCCUGCCAAGCCUCCGUUAACCGAGGAUGGGUUGUGUGAAGGGCCAGCUCUCCCAGCAAGGAGCAGCUUUAUACAGGAGCUCUUUCAAGCACAGUAUAGGUCUUCGUUGACAUGUCCCCAUUGUCAAAAACAGAGCAACACCUUUGACCCAUUUCUCUGCAUCUCUCUGCCUAUCCCUCCCCUUCAGACCCGGCCUUUGAACAUCACCGUGGUUUACGAAGGGAAAUGUUCACAUUGCAUGAGAAUAGGAGUAGCUGUUCCAUUGUCGGGUACAGUGAUCAAACUUCGCGAGGCAGUUUCACAAGAAACUAAAAUCCCCACAGAUCAGAUUGUACUAACGGAAAUCUAUUUUGAUGGAUUCCAUCGUACCUUCAGUGAUGGUGAUGCUUUGGACACUAUUCAUGAAAAUGACAGCAUUUACGCUUUCGAGACACCUGAUGUUUAUAUUGGCCAAAAAGCGAUGCUUACAAACCUAAAUCAGAACAAUGUCCAAUUCAGCACUUGUCACAGGUCUACUGUCUACUCUCAUGGAGGGAUGAAACAGAUCAAACUAGAGCGAGUGUACAAUAAGGGUUUGGGGUAUGAGAAAUCACUGCUGCUGGUGUGCAAUGCGUGCUUUACUGGGCAACAGGGUAAAAGGUUUGGUCAUCCCUUUGUGCUCUGCUUAGAUCAUAAAAUAACAUGGGAAGGACUGCAAAAAGCCAUUUUGGAUAAGAUGCGGCAUCUCUUCAGGCCAGGGAUGUUCACAGAGGUUGCACCCUUUAGCCUACGAGUGCUCGGAGGUGCUGUGGGGAAGUGCUACCUUUCACCCCAGGAAGAUUAUCCCCUGUGCCAAUUGGCAGCAGAAAGAGCGUGGAAUUCCUGCCGACCUGGUGGACCCCAGCACGUUAAGGUCAUUGUGGAAUGGGAUAGAGACACAAAAGAGUACUUGUUUGCGAGUGCUGAGGACGAGUAUGUGCCAGAUUCUGAAAGUGUUCGCCAACAGCAGCAGCUUCACCACCAGCCGCAGACGUACACCUUAUCUCAGUGCUUUCAUCUCUACACCAAAGAAGAACAGCUAGCACCAGAUGAUGCCUGGCGCUGCCCACACUGUAAGCAGCUCCAGCAGGGCAGUAUCAAGCUGAGUUUGUGGACACUUCCUGAUGUGCUUAUCAUCCAUUUGAAACGCUUUAAACAGGAGGGGGAUAAAAGGACGAAGCUGCAGAACCUGGUGAAGUUCCCUCUCACCGGCCUGGACAUGACACCACAUGUGGUGAAACGCAGUCAAAGCAGCUGGAGCCUCCCUUCUCACUGGUCACCAUGGAGACGGCCCUAUGGACUCGGCAGGGAUCCCGAAGACUACCUCUAUGAUCUGUAUGCAGUGUGCAAUCACCACGGCACCAUGCAUGGAGGCCAUUACACUGCUUACUGCAAGAACUCAGUGGAUGGACUCUGGUACUGUUUUGAUGACAGUGAAGUUCAGCAGCUCUUGGAUGAAGAUGUCUGCAAGCAGACUGCCUACAUCCUGUUCUACCAGCGGCGAAGCACUAUCCCUUCCUGGUCAGCAAACAGUUCUUUAGCAGGUUCUACCAGUUCAUCUCUCUGCGAGCAUUGGGUGAAUCGUCUCACAGGCAGCAAGCAACCUAGCAUCACAUCCACGGCAUCUUCUCGCCGGACAUCUCUCGUCUCGCUUUCUGAAUCGGUGGAGUUUACGCAGGAUCGCAGCGAUCAGGAUGACGGUGGCUUUUCUACUCGCCCUUUUGUGAGGAGCGUCCAACGCCAGAGCCUGUCAUCCAGAUCCUCAUUUGCGAGCCCCUUGGCACUCAAUGAGAACGGAGUUAAAUCUCAGAGGACAUUAUCAAGUAAACUGCACAUGCGGUCCAACUCUCCAUCACCGUUCUCCUUCGAGUCACCCACUCACAGCCCGUCUCCAACAGCAGAUCUACGGGGUCACAAGAGCCCCAACAUGGGCACUCCCCCACUUCAAGGUCAGGAGGAAACCUCUGCCAGUGUCUCUGGAAGGGCACCCCUUGCUGUCAUGGAAGGUUCGGUCCGAGAGGAAGAGGUGGGAGGUGUGGGGAAACCAGCUGGACAGAGAUCUGCUUUACCCCUCAAUAAAGUACUUGACUCGGGAGGCAUGGACAAGCUGAAUCCUUUGGAUGAUGCUGCUGCGGACAAGAAAAGCACACCAAAUUUGAGCAGCCCUCGGGUUGCUAACACAAGUGCUGCAUCUUUGGGUGAAGAGCAAAAGCAAAGGCAAGGCGUGAUGGGAGCAGCUAAUACAGAGAGUCCACAGAGGAAGUCUGGUUCCAGAGUGCCUCCUGAACAGGCUAAAGGCUCUUUAGCCAAACCUCAACUAACUCUGUCUUCAUCUCUCAAGAACCCCCUGAAGGCUUCUAUUGCACACGAAAAGGGUGAAACGAAAGCCGGAACCCGGCGCUCUACAUCAGGCACGGUUCUCCGAAAGGAGGUGGAUAAAAAUCAACAGCUGACGGGUUUAUCCGCCUCUCAACAGAAACCGAAGAUACCCCCGACUUCCCCGCAGUCGCCUUCGCCAACACGUAAAAAAGUACUAGGAAGGUCCAAAACUGCCGAGGGCCACUCGAAACGCAGUCCAUCUCCCGAAAAACGCAAGUUGACAUCUUCGAAAGCCAACAGCACGGGCAAGUUGGCGCACGCUAAGCCAGGGAGCCGAUUGGAGAACAGAAGACUGAGGAAUUCAAGUAGCAGCUCCUCCGUGACAGAAGCAAAGUCCUCGGACACUAACUCGAGAACUGACUUGAGAAGAGACAGCAGCAGGUCCGACGACAAAGGCCUGUCGUUCUUUCGGGCUGCACUGAGGCAGAAAGAGAGCCGGAGGUCGGCCGAUCUGGGGAAGAGCAACAUUCUUGCCAAGAAGACAGCAGAUGGACCUUCCAGGGUGGCAAGCAAAAAAAUCUCGAGUGAAGGUCCAUCCAAGGAGGGCAGGCGGUUGACGAGCGAACAGCCCCCUACUGCAUCAGCCUCUGCUCUGGCACUGACUGGGAAAACCACGCCACGAGGGAAGCAAUCGAGCAGGGAAGCCACCCCCACCAAGUAUCCAUUACUUCCUGCUGCCAAAUCCAAGUCAUCCUCGCCAGAUGUAGGAACUCAAUCUCCAUCAGUCAGAAAGAAGCCCGGAGAAAAGACAUUUAAAUCCAGAAAGAUUGUUACUAGCAGCAUGCAGUCAUCUGCUCGUCAUAACAAAAAGUAAUGUGAAAAUCAAAUCAGAAGGAAAAACACUUCUCCAAAAUUGCUAGUCUGGCGUUGUUUCUGCAACACUUUACUUUCUCUAUGCCUCCCUCUUGCUUUUCCUCUCCUAACCCUAAUUUUUAAACAAGCUUAAUCUUGGAGGAAGAUUUUGUUUUGCAUUUAAUGUGCCUACAUUGGUGACAAAAGCUAUUGAUUUAGGCACCUUUUGUUGUGCCAUCAAACCAAAUGAUUGCCACAUGACAUAGGCGUGUGGUGUGAGGAUCAUGCAGCUUGCUCAUCAUUGCCAUCCUCCUCCUUCCCACCAAUUCUGGAGAUUUCCCUUCUUUGGUGGGUUUUAAUGCAGCACUUUGUAUUGACCUUCAGACUUGCUUUUGUUGCAGAAUAACACUGUGUACUGUUCAAUGAAUGAUUUGAUUUUAAAUUUUUUUUAUAAAUGUUCUUUUUAAAUCUAAUAACUGCUGCACGCUCUGAAGAAGCCAUCGUUAAAUAAUCAAUUUCUUUUUCCCCUAUAGCAUUUGUUUGCUUAAUGCCAUGUUAACACCUUGCUGUCCAUUCACAGUACUGUUCAACAGCAAGUCUCAGGUUAACAUGCAAGGAAUAAAUGGGAGCAAUAACAAUUUCAAUUGGAAUAUGCCCACUUUCUGAAACAAUGACAGGCCCCAUGUGCUAGCAACCUUUUUUGCUGCAGAAGGAAAAGUGAUUGAGAUGGAAUGUAACAAUAUGCAAUGCUCCUAUCAUAGUUCUUUUGUUGUUUGGUUCAAUCCCAAAUCAGUAUAUCACACGUGGUUUAGUGGUUACAAACAGCUUGAAUGACAUCUGAUUCAUGAGUUGGAUUUUAACAACACUUGUGGCUUCUGAUACCAUGAGCUGAAAAUGUGGAUCUCCAGGUUAUCCAAAGGCUUGAAAACCAUGCAAAAAUCCUUCAGUCUUGGUUCAAGUGUCAUAACUGGUCUAAGACUGAUCUCCCAGAUUGCCACCGUUUUAUUGCUUGAAAUGAAACAAUGACACCUGGUUGCAGAGUUCUCACUCUGCUAUAAUAAUUCAGUACUUGGAAAAAGAGUUCAGCUGAAUUGCUGUUUGGCCAGAAGCACACGCUGACCCGUACACCCAAGACUGUGGGAAGGUAUUUGUGGACACACUACGCUUAUUGUAGAUCCUGUGCCUUUGAAAGACGGCUGUUCCUGGUUGCCAAGCAACAAAGAUAAUCAGAAAAGUUUCCAUAUGCUUAUUAAUCCAAUGAUAUCACAGC